AGGGCCCCUAAAUGCAGCUUUAAUCUCUCUGUGGUAUUAUAACAGAACUAAUUUUGACUCUGUUAAGAGUCUUGUUAUGUGCUACAGAGCUGAAAUCACUGAUUCCUAGGUCUAAGCAUUAGACCUACUUUGGGCUAGUGAUUCUGAGUGUGUCAGCACUGAGGCUCCCCUAUUAACAGCUGAAAUCACUAAAGAGCUGAAGUUACUGAGAGCUGUGUUAUGUGGGGGUUGAAGACAUGUUUGUGAGCAGCUGGCAGGAAGUCUGGUUGAGAGGCGUGGCUGGUGGUGAAGACUGCAGCAGAAUCCCACAGAGAGGUGUGGCGUUUGGCCGGCGACCUGAGCAGUGAAGCAUGUAAGAUGCCCCCAUACCUCUUUACCUCCCAGCCUGAGUGGAAGGGGGAACUCUGAAGAUGAACUUCUGAACUCUGGGGCUGUGCUGGCCAAGGGAAGAAACCAUGGGUGGGGUGACUGUUAGGUUGCUGGACUUAAGGACCUGAGGAAAAAAGGACACUGCGAAAACUUACUUGGAGGUGGAAGAGCUGCACUGCGUCCACCCCUCUCCAGCUGCCACCUGCCAACAUGGUGCUGUCGGCCUGCCGGAGGGUGCUGCCCCUGGCCGCCCUAGCACUGCUCCUGGUCAUCUGCCUGGCUCCCGAUGGUUCAAGAGGGAAUAAACUUAAGCUGAUGCUUCAAAAACGCGAAGCUCCUGCGCCUGCUAAAACAGAGGUGUUAGUGAAAGAAAACACGGCCAAGGAGUUCUUAGGCAGCCUGAAACGCCAGAAGCGCCAGCUGGGGGAUAGGACUCAACCUGACGUACAGCAGUGGUAUCAGCAAUUCCUCUACCUGGGAUUUGAUGAAGCGAAAUUUGAAGACGACAUCUCCUACUGGACAAACUUGGGACGUGGUGGCAAUGAAUAUUAUGGUGGCUACUACCAGCACCAUUACGAUGAAGAUGCACCUAUUGGGCCCCGAAACCCACACACCUUUAGGCAUGGAGCGAGUGUCAACUACGAUGAUUAUUAACCUAAUUUAUUCUACUGUAACUAAGAAUUGUAGGUCUGUAUCGGAUUGAGCGGAGCCCUAGCCUCACUCACUCGCAUCCUCUCUCUCCCCCUUCCCCCUCUUUUUUUUUUUUUUAAUAGUAGCUAUUUCUUAUAAACAAAGAGAAGAAGGGAACUGCCUAGCACAGAAGCCUCUUUGGAAUGGGCUUCUAUAAUUACUUAACAGUACACUAUGUAGAAGUGUUAGAAUUGAAGUCUUUUGGUAAAAUAAGCAUUUUUCUGUUGCUUGGGUAGACAGAGUUUGCAAUAGCUGAGUUCAUUUCAAAGCACUGCAUUAUUAGAGAUUACAUUUUCAAGGGCUUUUUACUCAUUCUUAAAAACUGAUUGCCUGAUUUCACCCAGUUUUGGUGGAUUUUAUAAGACAAUGCGUUUCAAUGUGCUCAGUUAUUUUGGUCUGUCGUCAGUACAGUAAAUAAAUCCCACACUCUUAGAGGAAGAUAUGUUUCCUCAAAUUUAAACAUCUUCCAGGGUCCUUUCCCUACAUUUCCAUUUUCAGCACCCUCUAAUGCAUAAUACAUGUUAAAUACUAUAGCACUUUUAUAGUUCAUGUUGCGUCCUUUACAACUUGGCUGUAGAAUUUAACCUGGGCUGAAACUUGGCAUAAAAUUAUCAAAGGAGCUAUUUUAAAGUUGUGAGUGUAAAAAUAAUAGAUGUUUAAAGUGUCUCUCCAUCGCUAUAUAAUCAGGUAUAAAAAUAUAUUGUCCCAUGAAAUUAAUAGUGAUGAAAUAGCACCAGACAGUGCCCUCUGCCGUGGUCAUGGGAAGUACAGCUUGGAUACGAUCACAUUAUGCUCUUAAAAGGGAACAGAAAGCUAUGAUCAAAAAAUUGUGUCUGAAUGAAAAUGGUAGCAAAUUAAUGAAGAAAAACAUCCAGGAUAGGAACUUAUGGCACACUGGGGCUUGAAGUAAAUAGGAAUUUCCAACACCGUGCAUAAGUAUAAUGUCUUUAUGCCAGCCAUCAAGUCGCCUAAGCCUUACCCAUUACUGAACUUCUGUCUACAGCCCACCUCAGCAGAUGUAGUGUGAUGGAGAACCACCCAGCAGCCCAAGCAGUACAGUAGUGCAGGGAUGCGCUCCAGAGGCAGAUGCUUGGAGAUGAAAACAGAUUUUAAAAAAUGCUAGUUAGUUUUCCUUUGCACCUAGCCCCACCUAUCAAGUGCUUUUAUGCAGAUGAAAACUGGCUAAAUUUAUACACAGAAAAUGUUUUCUUUUAUGUUUUUGGAUCAUUUGCACAUAGGCUCCCAGUCAGUUAAACUAAAUUUAGUUAAAUUGGUGUAACUUUCUCAUGUAGACAAGGCCUCAGCUACCUUUUUACAGUGCAUUAAGUAAGCUUCUCUUGACACCAUGUCUUACAUGAGUGAAAAAACGCUAGUUUUGGAAGCUUUUCUCACCCUUCUGUGUCCCUGCUAAAAAUCAGCAGGGCUUUAGAACACUCAACUGAAGUUGGUGAUUCCCCCCGCAAAAUUUCAGACCUCAACAUCCAGUGAAAGGAAACAUCAUGAACAAUUACAAGAAUAUUACAUGGUCUUUCUGAACCUCCUUUGGCACAAAUUUAAACCAAAAAGGAACUAUACUGCCCCACUUUUGGUCCUGAGAUAAAAGCUUUGGUUUUUAGAAUGGAUUUUAAACUACAUAUAGUAUUCAAAUAAGUUAUUAUACAAGUCUAUGGAAAUCCUCAACAUUACAUAUUUAAACUUCUCCAGAAUGGUUCUGGCCAGAAAAAACAGCUAACGAGAGGCCACGUUUUCCUCUCCUCAUAUGCAGACAAUAUAGAUAGCCCAUUGGUGAAUCAUAGAAAUGUAGGCCUGAAAGUGACCGUGAUAGGUCACUGAGCUGCCUGCACUGAGGCGGGACUAAGUGUGAUGGGUUUGUUCACAGAGACCCCCUUGGGACUGUCACUUGGUGUGCUGGAAUUACCUUCGAGCCCGUUUUCCGCUGCCAGCCUGGGACUCCAGAACCCUGCCUUGUUGAGCCAGACACGCUAGCCUCUGCAACACAGACCCAGGUCUGGCCCAUGCCCCCAAAGCUGCAGACUUUAACCAAAAACUGCUCAGCAAGUCACCUAUCUCCAGCACCCAGACACCCAGUUCCCAAUGGGAUCCAAACCCCAAAUAAAUCCAUUUUACUUUGUAUAAAGUUUAUACAGGGUAAACUCAUGAAUUGUCCACUCUCUAUAACACUAAUAGAGAGAUAUGCACAGCUGUUUGCUCCCCCAGGUAUUAAUCACUUACUCUGGGUUUACUAAUAAACAAAAGUGAUUUUUUUAAGUAUAAAAUGUAGGAUUUAAGUGGUUUCAAGUAAUAACAGACAGAACAAAGUAAGUUACCCAGCAAAAUAAAACAAAACACGCAAGUUGAAGCCUAAUACAUUAAGAAACUGAAUACAGAUAAAUCUCACCCGCAGAGAUGUUCCGAUAAGCUUUUUUCACAGACUAGACUUCUUCCUAGUCUGGGCCCAAUCCUUUUCCCUGGUGCAGUCCUUGUUAGCUCCAGCUCAGGUCAUAACUAGGGGAUUUCUCAUGACUGGCAGCCCCCUUUGUUCUGUUCCCCCCCCCUUUUAUAGCUUUGGCACAAGGCAGGAAUCUUGUGUCUCUCUAGAUCCACACCUCUCCUUCUAAAUGGGAAAAGCACCAGAUUUAAGACGGAUUCCAGGUCAGGUGACAUGAUCACAUGUCACUGUAAGACCUCCUUCUUCAUUACCUAGGAGCUGGAAGACACCAACACAGGAAGGUUUGCAGGUAAACAAACCCAUUCACAGGUCAUUGAUUCUGAAGCAUCCUUAAUGGCUUCCAUUUAACAUGGUUACAGCAGUAAUACAAAUUUUAUAUCUUAUUCUCCUAACUCCAGACAUAGAAAUAAUACAUGAAAACAAAUAGGAUGAUGAACACACUCAGUAGAUCAUAAGCUUUGUAAUGAUACCUUACAGGAGACCUUUUGCAUGAAGCAUAUUUUAGUUACAUCAUAUUCACACUUAUAAACAUAUUUCCAUAAAACAUAUGGAGUGCAACGUCACACUAAGUACCUAGCUCAGCCUUGACAGGUGUUUGGCUAACCUGUUCUUAAAAACCUCUAGUGAUGGUGCUUCCACAACCUCCCUAGGUAAUUUGUUCCAGUGCUUAGCUAACUUAAUAGUUAGGAAGUUUUUCAUAAUGUCUCACCUAAAUCUCCCUUGCUGCAAUUUAAGCCCAUUACUUCUUGUGCUGUCCUCAGCAGUUAAGGAGAAAACUUUAUCAAUCACCCUACAUAAGAAAAUAAAACAGCCAUAUUGGUCCAGACCAAUGGCCCAUCUAGCCGCGUAUCCUGUCUUUCAACAGUGGCCAAUGCCAGGUGCUUCAGAGGUAAUGAACAGAACACGCAAUCAUCGAGUGAUCCUGUUGUCCACUCAAGCUUCUGACAACAGAGGCUAGCGAUACUCAGAGCAAGGUGUUCCAUCUCUGACCAUUUGGCUAGUAUCCAUUGAUGGACCUAUCCUCCAUGAUCUUUUCUAGUUCUUUUUUGAAUCCUGUUACAGGUUUGGCCUUCACAACAUCCCAGCAACAAGUUCCACAGGUUGACUGGGCAUUGUGUGAAGAAGUACUUCCUUUUGUUUUAAACCUGCUUCCUAUUAAUUUCAUUGGGUGACUCCUGGUUCUUGUAUUAUGCGAAGGAGUAAAUAACGUUUCCUUAUUCACUUUCUCCACGCCAUCAUGAUUUUUAUAGAUCUCUAUCAUAUCCCCCCUUAGCUGUCUCUUUUCCAAGCUGAAAUGUCCCAGUCUUUUUAAUCUCUCCUCCUAUGGAAGCUGUUCUAUACCCCAAUCCUUUUUGUUGCCCUUCUCUGUAAUCCUGUCCUCCAAAGCGCUUGCAACUCCUCCCAUCUUGGUAUAACGUGCAAACUUUGUGUAUGUAUUCGCUGUGCUAUUAUCUAAAUCAUUUAUGAAGAUAUUGAUUAGAACUAGACCCAGGAUAAAUUCCUGCCAGAGAAUAAUUCAUAUACCUUUCCAGCUUGAUUGUGAACCAUUGAUGAUUACUCUCAGUGUAUGCUUUUCUAACCAGUUGUGCACCCAUUUCCUAGUAGGUUCAUCUAGGCUUUAUUUCACUAGUUUCCUUAUCAGAAGGUCAAGUGAGGCAGUAUCAACUGCCUUACUAAGAUAUAUCACAUCAUUUGCUUCCCCACAAUGCUUGUUACCCUGUCAAAGGAUAUUAGAUUGAUUUGACAUAAUUUGUUCUUGACAAAUCCAUGUUGACUGCUCUUUAUCGCCUUCUUUUCUUCGAGUUGCUUUGCUCCAUUAUCCUUCUAACUAGCAGAGUUAAGCUGACUGGUCUAUAAUUCUCUGAGUUGUACUUGUUCCCCUUUUGACAGAGAGGUACUAUGUUUUCUCUUUGCCAGUCUUCUGGGAUCGCUCCCAUCCUCCAUGAGGUCACAAAGAUAAUUGCUAAAGGCUCAGAGAUCUCUUCAGGCAGUUCCUUAAGUGUUCUAGAAAAUAACAUGCCUGGUCAUCAUGGUUGUUGAAAUCACGUAGCUAUCCUUAUAAAAUGGAAAAGCGGGCAGUGUUCAGUGAGAGCUCCUAAAGAAUAUGAACAGUUUGGCUCUGAGCCAGCUUUUAAUGUUUCAGGACCUGACAAGGUCACAUUCCUCCUGCAUGCUGAAUCAGUAAUUCAGACCAAGCAGUGGUCCUACCAAUUUUCUGAGAAAGUGUACAAAAUGCCUGCGGGAUAUCACUUCUUUUUCAAAGAUCACCGCUAAUAAUGGACAUGCCUACAGUGACUGUUAAAUAUAUCCCCUGCCCCAUGUACAGAGAAAUAUUUUCAACAACUGUCUGUCCACUUCUCCCUCACACAAGAGGCAGGCUCCCAGCUACAGCUGGGCAACAUUGUUUAAAAAAAAACAAAAUGCAAUUUUGGGUCAACUGAAACUGUUUGCAAAUUCAGGAUAAGACAUUUCGGCCAAAAGUAAAAAAGGGUGAGGGUAGAGGAGAAUGAAAACAAAACAAAACAGAAUGAAACACUGACAUUUUUGUUUUGAAUUUAGCUAGAAUUAGCUUUAAAAAAAAUUUUUUUUUAAACCCAACUCAACUAAAGCCAUUUUUUGUUGUUUUGGCAAGAACCGACACCAAAUUGUCAUUUCAGGGUGACCCAGCUCAAAAUGUGUUUCAGAUGUUUCUGUUUUGCCACUGAACUGAAGAGGGGGAAAAAAAAACAAAACAGUUAUUCCCCUAGCUCUACUCCUAACCUCCUCUUCACACACACCUGGGUCGGCUCAUGCCGCUCAGCUUCCUUUCCUCUCUGUGGCUCUCUGGGCCUCCCAGGUGCAGAAAGAUGUUACAGAGAGCUCCCCCUGCACCCACAGAUCCCAGUGGCCAAGGGGACUCCUGAGCAGUAGCAACUGCCAGCAGAUCAAACCAUUCCACCUGGGCUCAUGCUCCUCUCUUCCAGGCUAAGUGCCCUUCUCAGACCCAAUAAACCUUCCCCUUUUCCCCAGGAAAGUCCCAGUUUCAGGCACUUUCUCAUGGGCUCCUGAGCAGCAACGUGAAUUUCCAGGGAAAGAGAGAGACCCCAGCAAAUGGGAGGUUAGACACUCAACAGUCCUAGCCUCUAUGGUGUUGCUGAAGUUGCAAAAUGUGUGGUCCUGCACGAACUCAUUUAUACCUUUGCGAUCUUCCCACGUAGGUGCAGUGGUGCCAGAACACUUUUUAGGGGGGGGGUGCUGCGCCCCCUCCAUCCCUGUCCACGCCCUGCAGUGCUGGGGCCAGGAGCAGGGAGGUGGCUCCAGGAGGGCAGGGGAUGCAGACAGGGCUAAGGGGGCUGAGGCUGGGACUGGAGCCUGCAGCAUAACCCGGGACCCCCCAUAAAACCAUGAUUUUAAUCCCAUCACAUUUAUUACCUUUCUUCUAUCUGUUCACCUUUGGGAGGAAUUGUUCCCCUCCCAAUUUGUGUGCAAUCAUUUUGGAUUCAAAAUUCAGCUGUAAAAUUAGGCUUUAAAAAAAAACAAAAAAACAUGUUAAUGAAAUGCUCAUGCAGCCUUCCUGAAUGGAUUCCUGUUUAUCUACAGCACGCAUAGUAGGCGGUAAGACUCCCCCCACCCCGACCAGCCAGCAUUUCUGAGCCCUGAGAAGAAGGGAGGGAGAAGAGACCCCACACACUUUCUGUAGGGAUAAGAGAGGUAGUUUAGUAUCUGGGGCUAAUGCCAGUUUUGGUCUCCUUGCGGAGUCUGCCAAUUAGAGCAAAGUGUGGUGGUGUUUUUAAGAUGUGCAAACCGAAAUGGAGACAUGAAGUCCCCUAGUAAUUGCUCAUAUUUACACCUUCACGAGUGAAGUUUUCUGUGAAGAUGGGUUUAUUUAAUAAAGUUCCAACCUUUUUGGAACUCAUUGUGGCACAACCUUCCACUCUGCACACACAAGUAUCCUCUCUUCCACCCUACUUAGUCAUGUUCAAACAAACCUCAUCCUAAAUGCUGCAUCCUAUUCGUAAAGGGACAGUUCCCACUAACCAAAAUGCAACAAAUAUUAAUACAUUGUACAAAUAUAGUUCACAUUAAAGUAUAUUUAAAUUAUCCCAGGUUCCUCACACUAAUCCCUCCCCGCCCAUGGGUCAUGCAUGAAUAAUGUUUGAUCUACAACAUUGAGACGCAGCACAGAGCUCUUCCUGUUUUGCUAUAGUAGUAGCUGGUGAAGAAACAUGUUAUCCUCCCUGAGGAAAGGUGGGUCCAUAGAUGUAAAGUAUUAACAGGGAAUGUACUCAGAUCUCUGGCUCUAAAAGCAUGAACCUCUCCUAUGUGAGCUAGGUGGUGCAGAAAGUAGACUCAAGUCUCUAUGUGAUCUAGCCACUACAGAGUUCUACUUCUGACUGUGCCCGCAGUGACCAUAUCCAGCCUCUCUGUUAUCUUAGCUGUACAUCAUUACACCUUCCCUCGGGUAGGGUACAUGGAAGCUUUGGGUAAGAAUAGUUGUGAAGCACACAAAUAGUCAUAGCAGUCAUUGGAAGAGCUGGGUUUAGAACUCAUGGGCUGAUGGCUUAUAUCUCAGUGCACCUUCCCCUAGAUUGCAGGGUGUAUUUUGUGCAGCAGUCUCUUUCUGAAAAUGCAUGAUAUUUUACCAGGUAUAUGGGAAUGACACUUGACAGGUCUGAAUUUAUUGUCCUGUUUCCGAACAUCCAUCCUUUUCUGCUGCCCCUUCCCAAAUUCAUGCCCUGCAUCAUCACAUUCCUCUAUACCCAGCCAGGUUCUCAUGUGAUGACUAUAGGACCAUCAUUUUUACUGAGAGCAGCCUGUCUUCAGCCCCAUUGCAAAUAGUGUGAGAAAAUAGCCAUCUUUGCUGGGGGCAGCCCCAUUUUCACUAGCAAAGCCUGUCAGGAAAUGGCUGCCAUCUUGUUGAAGGUAGCCUGUGACUUAGUCCCAUUAACAGUGUUGGGAGAUGGUGGCCAUUUUAGAAAAGGGCAAAAUGCUUCAAGACUGAAGGCAGAAAUCAGAAAGCUGUGAGAACCCUUAAAAAGCCCAAAUAUGACAUUCACACUAAAAAUCAUGAGUUCUCAAUAACCCCGUUGGUGAGUGCUGGGACAGAGUGGCUCACACUCAGUGUGUGCUGCGGGGGAGUUUCAAAAUGGGAGCCACAGCUGUGAGGAAAGGAGGAGCAGAGUAGACAGCAGUGGCAGAGCAAGGCCUCAGGACAGCCCCUCUGAUCCUAGUUAUUGGAGAGCCGAGCAGCUGGAUCUGAAAUAACCCUGCAAAGAUUCUCUCCGGGAAGGAAGCAGGAGCAGCCGGGCUCCUUCUGCCUGGAGCCUGUUGGAAAAGCAACAUGGAAUUUUUCUUGGUUUGGCUGAGGGCAUGCUCAUUUCUCACCCUCACUGUGGUGUCUGGGCUCCUCACUCCCUUCCUUAGUGGCUAUGGGAGUCUGACACCAGAAAUCCCAUCAGGCUGUCAGCGAAUGAUACUUGAAAAUAACCCACCAUUUUAUUUCAGUUUGGAGGUUUCAGUUUCACUUAGGACUUAAAGGCACCUCAAGCCUGGCAACAUGGACCUUUAUGGCAUGCCUCUGCUUGGUGCACCUGACACUGCAGUGAGAGCUGGGAGUAGGAGUAGAAAACAAAGAACUUCAGCAAAUAACACAACAUGAGGUCAUCCAUAUUGAGAUAUGCAAAGUAGGGCACGCCUUCAUUUACCUAUAAUCUCCAGAUUUCCCAACCUCCAAUCUGAUUAGGUCUGGCAUCUUCCUUCCACUGGUGACGCUUUGGGGCAGCAGCAGCAGCUAACUCGCUCAGGCUUCUCUCUGACAGCUCCCCCCAUUCCACCUACUGAGGAUGUGUAUAACGGUACAUAAGUAAUGGGGAUCACAUGCAGCCCCAUGUCCUCUAUCUCACAGGCGCCAGCUCUGUCAAGUCCUAAGUAGACAGCCUGAAGUUACACCUGAAUAUCAGUAUUAACCAUAAGGUAUGUUGAACACUACAAUGCUGAUUUGAAACCACCAUAAAACCACUAACUGUUUUCAAAUCUAUGCUACUGCUACAAUCUCAGAUUUUGUUUUCGAGCAAGUGUGAAGGAUGUCAUUUUGGCAGAGACAGGGGAUUGAACCAGGGACCUCCAGAGCUAAAAGCAAGAGUUUACAGCUUGAGCUAGAGUUUGGCUCUGAAACUCAGAGCUGUAAUACACUAAUCUUCUCUGCACAUCAAGCACUGAGGACAAUACAUAACACACACGAACCACUGCGUUACAAAAGCACAAGACAGACCUCCUCUAAUUCUCAUCCCCUUAUGAAGACAGACCAGGUAGUGAGCAAACCUAAACAGCAUCUUUAAUAGCAAACCAUUGAGACGUCCAUUGGACUUUUAUUUCUUCUUUUUUUCUAGACCAUCAAGAAGCAUGCGUGGUGGUUCACAGUACUGAUAGAAUGUUAGCUCUUGAGGGUCGGACCACAGCCCUGAUUUUUAAAGGUUUUUGGGCAUUCCCCUGCUCAGUGUUGCAAAGCCCACAGGAUUUAGACGGCUAAAUCCCAUUUUCAAAAUGGAUUUAGGCACUUAUGCACUUAAGUCCCACUGACUUUCAAUGAGACUUAGGUUUUGCAACUCUGAGCAGAGGAAUGCCUCAAUAUCUCUAAAAAAAAUCUAGCCUUAUGCUUCCCGGUACCAGACAGUUGCAGUAAGUGCAGAUAUCCAACAAGUGGGAGAUGAUGGGAUUUAGGUUCCUGUGAUGAGAUCACAGUCAGUACAGCGGUGUGUAUUUCCUGAUAAAAUCAAUAGUAAGUUUUGUUUUUAAGUAAAAUACAUGAUUUCUCUCAUGCUGGGGAUGCUAAAGUUCUAUUUUGUGUUUUAAAGGCAUCAUAUACUUUUGCACUGUGACAAUCUAGGCCUAAUGCAAACAAUGACAAACUUUAAUUAUAACAACUUGAGGGUUGUUUUUUUUUUUGACAUGAAUAUCUUUGAGCCCAAGAAUCAGUUAAAGAAAUAUGAUUUGAAAAGUGAAAAAAUUAUUAUUGACCUGCAAACAGGAUGAUUUGUUUUUAUAACAGAUUAUGGAUUUUUUUAAAAAAUUAACAUUUGAGAUAUGUACAGAUAAAACACAAACUAUAGAACUAUUUUAACUGAAAAACUGAAACCCGUAAGGAGAACUUUCCAUAUUUUAUUAAAAUAGCAUAUUCAACCACUGGUAACCAAUAAUACAUUAACUUUUUUUCCCAGAGUACACACAACACAGUAGUGAUUUAAAAUAUUCUUAUCCAUGAUAUUCAAUGAAAACAGUCCAAAUUCAAGUGUGCAACUAAAACUAAACCUCUGAAAAAACUCUGAUUUAAAGAAUACAUAAAGCUCUCAUACAGAAUUCUUUUAUACCCCUAUAUACUAAAUGCCAGUGUUUCACUCACCUGACAAUACUGCUAGCUUUUUCUCGUAUGCAUAGUAUAACUUCUCAUUUAUAGUACCCAUUUUAUAAAUAAAUUGGUAUAUCCCCUCCCGUUUAUAUUCAUCUUCAGCUUCACAAAGAAACCAGUAAAUAAAACUGUCAAAGACAGUCACAACAAAUGAUCUCACAGCAAGAUAUAAAACUUGAAGAUACUCAAAAGAUUUUUCUACUCUAUUUUACAUAAAAAGAUAGAUUUAAAAAGUGCAAGGCAAGAUUUGCAGUAUUUUUAAAUUUUUAGGCACAUCCACUUCUUUAAAGCAAGCUUCCGAAUGAAAUUCCAGUUUGUUCUUCAUGAUACCUGUUAAGUCUUUCUUUUUAAAAAAAGAAAAAAAAUUACAUCCUGUCAAAUGUAAAGCAGGGAAUCUCCUGUCCAAUGUAACAGUUUUCAAUUAUGUCUUGUUCUUCCUUUUUUUAUCCUUGCAGGUUUUGGUUUGGGGAUAUAUUGAUUGUUUGCCUGAUAUUCGAGUUCUUUACGAAAGUAGUGAAUUGCUUUAUUUAAACCUUCUUCCAAGGGGACCUGUUUAAAGAAAGAAGAGAUGGUCAUAUCAGCCUAAAAUUCCGGCUACUCUCAUAACAGUGUAUUAUUAUGGCUAUCUUCUAAGUUAUGAAAACACUGCUCUGAAAUU